GCUUUAAGCAAUUAGUUUUUAAAAUAAUUAAUAGUAUUUUUUAAAGUAAAAAAAGCCUAGAUUAAUUCCUUUUAUUCCGAAAACCGGAAAAUCAAGAACAAAAACCUCAGGGUUUUAGCUUUUGCAAUGCCAGAGAAAGAGGUAUCGGUGGAGCCUGUCGAGACCAAUCCAACAACCGAAGACAUGAAUCCCGAAACCCAAGUCCCGCCCUCCCCGAUUUUCGAUGACAGCGUCGACGCUGAGGUGGCCUACAACGGCUGCUCGAAAUCGAAGCGCCAGAGAGAAGAAGACGGCCGAGAAAGCGACGAGGUAUCCAAGAAACAGAAGGCGGAGAAGUCCGUCGACGAUGAAAUCAUCGAGAAAAACUCAGUGCCCUCAGUUUCGAGUCGGGUCCGGCUUGGCCCGAAGGAAUUCGGGUCGUCCGUGGAGAUGUUUGAUUAUUUUUACAAUUUGCUUCAUUAUUGGGCUACUCAUCUAAACCUUAAUAAGUACGAACACAUGGUGCUGCUUGAAUUGCUUAAAAAAGGUCACGAAGAGCCUGAUAAGAAGAUUGGUAAAGGGAUCAAAGGUUUCCAAGUUCGAAUCCAUCCGGUGUGGAAAAGUAAAUGUUUCUUUGUCAUCAAGGACGACGAUACCUUCGAUGAUUUUAGCUUUCGGAAGUGUGUCGAUCAUAUACUUCCCCUGCCGGAUGAGAUGAAGCAACCUGAUGCAAACAAGGCAUCCAAUGGCAGUCGUGGUGGAAAAGGCAGUGGUCGAGGCCGUGGAAAGAGGCGGUGAGCCGCUAAUGCCAUCUAGUAUUGCUGCUGCUUUUGUUUUGCUGCUUUAGACUGUGUCAUGUAUUGCGUUUUAAGGAUGUUGCCAAAGAUUAAAAGAAAGUUGAAAUGUCGCAUUUAUUUGAGAUUGUCAAAAGUUCUGAUUCAGAAAUGUUUAUGUUUUUCUCGUCUACAA